AUGGAGAGCGAGAGCGAAACUAGGGUUUCGAGUGCGGCUGAGAAGGAUGCGACCAUGACUGACGCUGGUGAGCAGGGGCGACCUCCAGGAGAUCCUCCGGACGGGAGAGGGACUUGGGCUAUGAAAGUGAGAGGCACAAACGCAGGAGGGAUGCCGAUACCGGAGGAUAUCCUGGACGAUGACUUUGUGACGGCGCGACUGAACAUGGAAUACCCCAAAGGUGAGGAUGGUGAACCAGUGAUCACGAUUGGGACUGAGGUGAUGGAAGCGAUGAACGGUAUGUGGAAGAGAUGCAUGAUUGUAAGGGUGUUAGGGAGGAAUAUCGCCAUCAGUGCCUUGAGCAGGAAGUUAAGGGAAUUGUGGAAACCAAAAGAGGCGAUGUAUGUCAUCUAUCUGUCGCCAGUUCUUCAUAAUUUUCUUUGA